GGGUGUGUCCGGGGCGGGGGCGCGCAGGUCGGAGAAGGUGCGACCGUCCGGGGCCGGGGCGCCCGGGCGCCGGGGGAGAGGUCAGGCUGGCGGGGCGCCGGCGUGCGACGGCGGGACAUGGCGGCGGGCGGCAGGCUGGAGGACGGGUCCUUGGAUGUCCUUCAAAGUCUGGAUGAUGACCCCCUUCUGGACACCCAGCCUCUUGCACACCACUCCUUACGUGCUCACUUUAGACCCAGAUUCCAUCCUCUUCCCACGGUCAUCAUCACGAAUCUUCUGUUGUUUAUACAUGUUGUGUUUGUCAUUUUAGCAUUUUUAACAGGGGUGCUGUGUUCAUUCCCUGAUCCCAAUGAAGACAAGUGCCCAGAAAAUUACACCAACCCACUGAAAGUUCAGACAGUCAUAAUCCUUGGAAAAGUCAUCCUGUGGAUUCUGCAUUUGCUUCUUGAACGCUAUAUCCAGUAUCACCACAGCAAAGUCAGAAGUCGCGGUUAUUCCCAGAUCUACAGGUCUACGAGGCAUCUCAAAAACCUGGCCCUCAUGAUCCACUCUUCUGGCAACACAGCCCUCCUGCUGCUCCUGUGCCUGCAGCAUUCCUUCCCUGAGCCCAGCAGCCUGUACCUGGAGCUGAUUCUGGCUGUCCUGGCCCUGGAGCUGAUUUGCUCCCUGAGCUGUCUGCUGCUCUAUGCAGUGAAAAUUAGCAGAUUCAAUAGAGCCAAACCACAACCUGAUGUCCUUGAAGAAGAAAGAAUGUAUGCUCACCCCAGCAAUAUAGCCUCAGAGACUGGCUUCAGGACUAUUUCAAGCCUAGAAGAAAUUGUUGAAAAGCAGGGAGACAUAAUCAUAUAUCUGAAGAGACACAACGCCCUGCUCAGUAAGCGGUUGUUGGAUCUGGCCUCUCAGCCAGCUAGGACCUGAGAGACUCCUGGGUUCUCCCGGUUCUCUGCCGGCUCUGCUUGGAUCACCUUCAUGUUCUCACUGCUGUUGCCUCAGCGCCUGCGCACCUGUUUCUCCUGGGCCAGCAUGGUCAACUCACGUAUUCUUUCCUUCCCGUGUGUCACUUUCUGAGGAAGCCCCUCUAAAACUGCAGCCAUGUAUCAUGAAGCGGUGGCUCUGCCCAUAAUCCCAGCAUUGGGAAGUGAAGGUAGGAGGACCAAGUUCAGGGCUAUCUUGGUUAUACAUGGAAUUCAGUCAGCUGGGACUACAUGACACCCCAUCCAUAAUAAUAACCACCUGCGGCCUUGGUGUUGCUCCACAGCUCAGGGCCUAGUGUUUGCCUAGAGCAUUAAACUUCAAAGUUGGACUCUUCCCAGCAUCACCCAAUCAGCCUUCAGUCCAAACCACAGCCUCCUGGGAAUGCUGGUGCAUGCUCACCCUCCAGGCUGGGGCUGUCCCCAGCACCUGUGUCAGGUGGCUCACACUGCCUGCUCUACAUCCAGCUCAGGGAAUCUGACAGCCGCUUCUGUCCUAGCACAUGCAGGCAUGUAAACACACACACACAGAAAUCAAAAGAAAUCUUUUGUAACAAAAGAAAUCCACAGGGAACUGGGCAUGGUGUCUAAUUUCAGUAAUCCCAGCGCCCAGGAAGCUAAAAGACUGCUGUGGAUCUGAGGGAGACCCUGUCUCAAAAACAUCCUAACAAAUCAUCUGCUAGCCCAGCCUGUUCCCGGGUCUGUAAUAUCAAAGUGUGGAGAGUCCAGAGCUGGCAUCCUCCUCCACUGUAGAGUGACUCAGAGGACAGCUUGCAACAACAGAAGACGCUAAUUGGUGCUAACUUAAAAUGGGACUUUUUCACCUCUGCCCAGCUCCUGACAACCAAGCUGGAGACAGAACCUUUGGAGCAAAGAAAGAGCUGGAGAAUUGGGCCUUAGAGGCAAAGAAAAAAGGCAGAACACCCAGUGCGUGAGUAUAGCUAUUCAUGGCCUCAGAGGUGCUCUGCGGGCAUUUACUGCAUGAGGACACAUGCAGUACAUGUGUCCUCACAUUUCUACAUUAUUUUUAUGUGUGUGAGUGUUUUGCCUGCAUCAUGUAUAUGCACUAGAGGGAAUGUCUAAUCCCUACAGUGGCCAGAAGGGGGCAUCUGAUUCCCUGGAACUCAAAGUUUAAGGAGAGAACCAACCCCAGCAAGUUCUCCUGUGGCCUUCACUUGACUGUCAUGGCACAGGGCCCACCCAUAAACAUACACAUAAAUGUGAUUUGAAUGAAAGGAGAUUUCUGGGCUGUAGUGAAAGCUCAGUUGGUAGACAGCCUGCUUGCCUAGUAAGCAUGAGGCCCUGGGCUCUCUCCACAGUGCCUACAGCUCAGGAUGGUAGCACAGGCCUAUAAUCCCAGUACUAGGGAGAUGGGACCAGGAAGUACAAAAAUCCACUAAUCCACCCCUAACCCCCCAAAGAAAGAAACCAGAUUCUCCUAAUUCUGCCUCCUAAGGACAGAAAUGAGCCAUGAGCCACCAAGCCUGGACAUUUAAGAAUUACGUAGAGGGGGGAAUGGAGCAGUAGGGCUGCUCCCCUGAGGUGCUGAGUUCAAUUCCUACCACCCUCAUGGUGGAUGAUAAACAUCUAUAGUGGGAUCUGAUUUCUUCUGGCAUGAAGGCAUACAUGCAGACAGAGAACUCAUAUACAUAGAAACAAUAAAGGAAUAUUUAUUUAAAUGAGAGAAUGAAGUAAAAUCUGAGAAGAAAGAUUAAUAGCUACAAAUCCCGAGGAUAGAGUCAUUUUCCUUUAUUAAAAUUUAAUGGAUAAAAUCAGUAUAUUCAUGGGAACUUUGUCACAUUUCAACAUGAAGUGUUCAACUAUCAGGUGACAACUACCUUUUCAACAGUGUGUCUCCCCUCUGGUGACAUCAUCUCAGAUUCUCUCACCCAGCAUUUUCCUCCUCUCCCUUGUUUCCCUUCUCUACCAUGAACCAAUCAGGGCCUGAGAAGGCUCACAGGGUAAAAGUGCUUCCCAUUGCAGACCUGAUGACCUCAGUGCUGAAGGCAAUCCAGGGCCAUGGGAUGGAGGAAGAGAAGUGACCUCCAUACCCUCAACUGUAGUCAGUCUGUCUGUCUGCCUAUCUGUGUCUACCUGUCUCUGUUACAUAUACAAACACACAAAUUUUUAAAAAUUGGUUAAAAUGUGCACAAAAAAAUAUUUAGCCUGUAGUCCCGGCUACUGGGGAAGGAGUGUGAAGGGUGAGAAUAACAAAUUCAAGGGUAGCCUGGACACCCUGACAAGACAAUAACAAGAUACAACGGGGUCAAUGCUGUGAGCUCAAUGCAGAUCACCUGCACAGGAGAUCUAGGCCCUGGACCCAAUCCGCAGUGCUGGAUCUGGAAGACAAGGGGAGAAGAAAAGGGAGGGAAGGAGGGAAGAAUGGAGCCAGGAAGAUGGAGGGAGGAGGCUAACACUGAUGAUCUGAUUACUAAAAUGAAAACUUGGGAACAGUUUUAAAUGUUUUAGAAUUCUGCAAUUGUUAAUGCAGUUGCUUAUGAAUAUUGCAGGAGUUUCUGAGAUUCUAAAAAAAAAUGAGGUAUCUUCAAGAACAAAUUUGAAAGGCUGGGCAUUUGCGACUCACGGUAGCUGAGCAGGAAUCCAAGGUCAGCCUCAGGCUUGAACCAAGUUUGAGGGCAGCCUAGACUGCAUAAGACCCUCUCAGAUAUAAAAUAAAUAAAUAUAUUCUUAAAACUCCCAUCCCAUUCUGAGGUGCGAUGGGCCUGUGAUACAGGGCUGUGAUUCGAGCCACUUAGAUGUGCUGAGCCAGAAGAGGCUGCAGAAUUAGUUAAGGCUAGCCCGGAUUACUCCCCAGGACAGUCUCUAAGAUGACAAGAAUGUGUCUGACUCAGUAUCCAUCAUGUGCUAGGCAUAGGGUUUAAUAACAAAACUUCUUUCAGAUGUAAGACACAGAAAUUAAAAACUACACCUGUUGCGCGAUCCAUGGCUGUAACCAUGUACAGGAAGCGAAGAUAGGCAUGUUGACAGGAGUCAGCCUGGACAGCCUAGCAAGCUCCAGGCCCAAUCUGGGCGACACAGAACUUGCCUUGAAAAAAGAUAAAUGAAUAAAAGAGAAUGUGGGUACAGCACUCACACCCAUAAUGCUAUCAAUGAUGUAUAGUCUUGUCUGCAGCUGUACAACCUUGGCGAUCAUCUGGGAUGGGAGCAAGGAGUAUGGAGCCUGAACUAAAUGUCAGAGUUAAGACCACCUGUGGG